AUGAAUUUCUCAGAAAUUUUACGAAAUUUAUUAUUCCCACCUCUUCCUCCUCCUAAUUCUUCAAUUCAUGACACUGAAUUACAUAAAGCAUCAGUCUAUAACAACGAUAAUAUUAAUCAUAUUAGCAACAAAUUAUGCUUAUUAUUAAGUCAUGGAAAUGCUGUACAUGAAUUAUUCUUCAUCGAAUGUAUUAAUCAAUUUUUACAAAACUAUGCUACAACAAUAAUUCAUCAGUCUCCUAUUUCUAAUACCAUAAAUAUCGUUGAUAGUAAUAAUAAUAAUAACAAAGUUCCUGAUAAUCAGCAUCAAAGCAUAACCAAAUGUUUAAUUUUUUGUUUUCAUAAAUCAUGGAAUAUUUAUCAUAAAUUAUUAAAUCCAUUAUAUGCAAAUAAUAUAACAUUGAAAAAUAAUUUAACCAUAAUUGAUAUGACAGUAAUACUAGAAAAUUUACUAAUCAAAUCAAAUUCAAACUCUGAAUUAGAUAAUAAUGAUAAAGAUUUAAUUACUGAUGAAAAUAUUGGAACUGUUAUUAAGAAUCAUAUCAAAGACAAGACUGAUGAAUUUCUGAAGAAUAGUUACACAACUAAUCCUUCGAAUGGUGUGCAACAACAAAAUAUUGGUAUUUUCAUUGACAAUAUAUCAGCUUUAUAUGAUCUAGGAGUUACUGUACGUGAAUUAGAACAAUUUUUAUGUAGUUGGCUUUAUCAUUCACGUGACCAACAAUCUGCCAUCAAUAUAGCGAAUAUAUUAGUUUGUAUCGGAAUACAUACUGGGGAUUUUUUCCAAGAUUCAAUUGUAUCAGAAUAUGAACCUGCCUUGGUACAUCUCGUUGCUCUAUGGAAAUCACGGGCUUCAAUUAUACUAGAGUGUAAACCAUUACUAACAGGCUAUACAUCAUUGGUUGAUGGUCAGUUAAUUUGUUGGAAACGUUCAAUAGAGGAUAAAAUUAAUCUUCAGAAUCUUACCACUUCGAGCACAUAUCAUUUUCAUGUUGAAGACGUUUCUUUACCAUCAAAGCACUGA